AUGCCAGGACGGAAGCACGAGGGCGAGGAGGAGGACCGCUCUCCUCCUCCUCCAUCUCAGACGAGAAAAAAGUGCCGACAGUCUGCCUCUGAGGAGGUUGUCAUUAGAGUUAAACAACAGCCACAAAAUCCAAAUACUAACGGUCGGCAAUGGCCGCUGGUGCCUCGGCUGAUGCUGGUGCCUCAGCUGAUGCUGGUGCCUCAGCUGCCGCUGGUGCCUCAGCUGCCGCUGGUGCCUCAGCUGCCGCUGGUGCCUCAGCAGCCGCUGGUGCCUCAGCUGCCGCUGGUGCCUCUGGUGAGAGAACGCGGGCCCGUGCAGGCACGCCACAAGGCACGCCUCAAGGCACGCCUCAAGGCACGCCUCAAGGCACGCCACAAAACACGCCUCAAGGCACGCCUCAAGGCACGCCUCAAGGCACGCCUCAAGGCACGCCUCAAGGCACGCCACAAGGCAAGCCACAAGGCAAGCCACAAGGCACGCCUCAAGGCACGCCUCAAGGCACGCCACAAGGCACGCCUCAAGGCACGCCACAAGGCAAGCCACAAGGCACGCCACAAGGCACGCCACAAGGCACGCCACAAGGCACGCCUCAAGGCACGCCACAAGGCACGCCCAAAGGCACGCCUCAACGCACGCCACAAAACACGCCUCAAGGCACGCCACAAGGCACGCCUCAAGGCACGCCACAAAACACGCCUCAAGGCACGCCACAAGGCAAGCCACAAGGCACGCCACAAGGCAAGCCACAAGGCAAGCCACAAGGCACGCCUCAAGGCACGCCACAAGGCACGCCUCAAGGCACGCCACAAGGCACGCCUCAAGGCAAGCCACAAGGCACGCCUCAAGGCAAGCCACAAGGCAAGCCACAAGGCACGCAUCAAGGCAAGCCAUAAGGCAAGAAACAAGGCACGCCUCAAGGCACGCCACAAGGCAAGCCACAAGGCACGCCACAAGGCACGCCUCAAGGCACGCCACAAGGCAAGCCACAAGGCACGCCACAAGGCACGCCACAAGGCACGCCACAAGCCAAGCCACAAGGCACGCCACAAGGCAAGCCACAAGGCAAGCCACAAGGCACGCCACAAGGCACGCCUCAAGGCACGCCACAAGGCAAGCCACAAGGCACGCCACAAGGCACGCCACAAGGCACGCCACAAGGCACGCCACAAGGCAAGCCACAAGGCAAGCCAUAAGGCACGCCUCGAGGCACGCCACAAGGCAAGCCACAAGGCACGCCACAAGGCACGCCUCAAGGCACGCCACAAGGCACGCCACAAGGCAAGCCACAAGGCACGCCUCAAGGCACGCCACAAGGCACGCCUCAAGGCACGCCACAAGGCAAGCCACAAGGCAAGCCACAAGGCAAGCCACAAGGCACGCCUCAAGGCACGCCACAAGGCAAGCCACAAGGCAAGCCACAAGGCACGCCACAAGGCACGCCUCAAGGCACGCCUCAAGGCACGCCACAAGGCAAGCCACAAGGCACGCCACAAGGCACGCCACAAGGCAAGCCACAAGGCACGCCACAAGGCAAGCCACAAGGCACGCCUCAAGGCACGCCACAAGGCAAGCCACAAGGCACGCCACAAGGCACGCCACAAGGCACGCCUCAAGGCACGCCACAAGGCACGCCACAAGGCAAGCCACAAGGCAAGCCACAAGGCACGCCACAAGGCACGCCUCAAGGCACGCCACAAGGCACGCCACAAGGCAAGCCACAAGGCACGCCACAAGGCACGCCACAAGGCACGCCACAAGGCACGCCACAAGGCAAGCCACAAGGCACGCCUCAAGGCACGCCUCAAGGCACGCCACAAAACACGCCUCAAGGCACGCCACAAGGCACGCCACAAGGCACGCCUCAAGGCACGCCUCAAGGCACGCCUCAAGGCACGCCACAAGGCACGCCACAAAACACGCCUCAAGGCACGCCUCAAGGCACGCCACAAGGCACGCCUCAAGGCACGCCACAAGGCACGCCUCAAGGCACGCCUCAAGGCACGCCUCAAGGCACGCCACAAGGCACGCCACAAGGCACGCCUCAAGGCACGCCUCAAGGCACGCCUCAAGGCACGCCACAAGGCACGCCACAAGGCACGCCUCAAGGCACGCCACAAGGCACGCCUCAAGGCACGCCUCAAGGCACGCCUCAAGGCACGCCACAAAACACGCCUCAAGGCACGCCACAAGGCACGCCUCAAGGCACGCCACAAGGCACGCCUCAAGGCACGCCACAAGGCACGCCUCAAGGCACGCCACAAGGCACGCCUCAAGGCACGCCACAAGGCAAGCCACAAGGCACGCCUCAAGGCACGCCUCAAGGCACGCCUCAAGGCACGCCACAAGGCACGCCACAAAACACGCCUCAAGGCACGCCUCAAGGCACGCCACAAGGCACGCCACAAAACACGCCUCAAGGCACGCCUCAAGGCACGCCACAAGGCACGCCACAAGGCACGCCUCAAGGCACGCCACAAAACACGCCUCAAGGCACGCCUCAAGGCACGCCGCAAGGCACGCCUCAAGGCACGCCACAAAACACGCCUCAAGGCACGCCACAAAACACGCCUCAAGGCACGCCUCAAGGCACACCACAAGGCACGCCACAAGGCACGCCACAAGGCACGCCUCAAGGCACGCCACAAGGCACGCCUCAAGGCACGCCACAAAACACGCCUCAAGGCACACCACAAGGCACGCCUCAAGGCACGCCUCAAGGCACGCCACAAAACACGCCUCAAGGCACGCCUCAAGGCACACCACAAGGCACGCCUCAAGGCACGCCACAAAACACGCCUCAAGGCACGCCUCAAGGCACACCACAAGGCACGCCUCAAGGCACGCCACAAGGCACACCACAAGGCACGCCACAAGGCACACCACAAGGCACGCAUCAAGGCACGCCACAAGGCACACCACAAGGCACGCCUCAAGGCACGCCACAAGGCACGCCUCAAGGCACGCCUCAAGGCACACAACCUUAAUAUCUUCGUCACCUCCUAA